UUGGCCGUCACUGCCACCGCCCUGGAACACGCCGCCGACGCCGUUGCAGAGAGAAGCGGAUGAAGUACCAUCGUGCUCCUUGCCGCUGCUGUCGAACAGACUCGUUCGAGAAGAGAGAGUGCCAUGAGCCAGGGACGACGCGAGGAAGAAGAGGAGUCGUCGAACCCAGCCGCAGUGUAGCUCGCCAUCACCGGCAUCUCACCGCCAUCGCUAUAGAGACCGAACGUCGUCGAUCUUCCUGCCGCAACCUUGGAGUCCGCCCCGUCAUUGAGGAAGACAGAGAUGAGGGAGGAGCUGUGAACACGCCGUGGUGGUUGCCGUCGCCACUGCCUAGGUUCCUGUGGUCCAAGUCGCCAUUGAUGGAGAAGACGCCACUGAGGAGCAGAGCCUCUAUUUCGCGCCAGUCACGACGGAGCUACUACGGAUGUUGCUAUCUUGCUGCCACUGAAGGUCCAUCGCCGCCAAUCCACGCCGCUGCUGAAGAUGAGUUGUGUUUGCUCUUGCUUCCUAUUCGAUUCAAAUCCUUUGUCCUGUUGCAACCAUCGUCGCUGCCUUAAGAAAAUGAGACUGCUAUUAUUCCAGUUAAUGCUCCUGCUGCCGCCGUUUCCUCGUUCUGUUAUUAUUGUCUAAUUGAGGUAAGGCAUUCUGGCUCUUGCUUCAAUUUGAGUUAGCAUGGAGUUUACAGAAUUUUUACUAUUAUCCUAUUUGAAUUCACCGUUUCUGAUUGCUGCCGUGACCACCUCACGAUGCUGCUGGUUCUGUUUGAAAAUGGCUGCUACUUCUGGAAUCCCAGAUCGGAGAGGAGAGGAGGCGUGUAACUUUGUCAUUAUUGCUGCCAUGGAAAUAGAUGCUGGAAACUGCUAAUGGAGCAGCUGCGUUUAGUGAUUUUUGCGAGUUUCGACUUUGAGUGACACAGGUUUGAAGAUUCAGUUUGAA